AUUAAACUAAAAUGCGUUAUUAUGUAAAAGACGCUACUUUGCUAACACUUUUCCAAUAAGCAGCCUUGAAUUAAAACAUCGGAAGCUUAUGCGCGAAAUAUUUCUGUCCUCAUGUUUUAUAAAGUUUUUCGUUCGGCGUUAUGGAGUGUAUACUUCAACAACAAAUAAUCCACGAUUUCCCUUUACUGCGUAUCCCAAGCUUAGUGAUGUGAAUAUUAUUAAUUCCAAAUGGAAUACUUUCUAUGAUCACCAACUGAAUAACACUCGCCCUCACAAGUAUAUUCUUCAUGAUGGUCCACCUUAUGCCAACGGCGAACUUCAUGCUGGACAUGCACUAAACAAAGUCUUGAAAGAUGUCUCUUUGCGUCUCAACCUCCUGAAUGGUUACACGGUCGAGUUCAUUCCAGGUUGGGAUUGUCAUGGCUUACCAAUUGAAUUAAAAGCCAUUGAGAAUUCAAACUUGCAUUUACCAAAUGAAAUUCGAAGAGCAGCUUCACAAUUAGCCCAGAAAUUCGUUGGAAUACAGAAGAAUUCGUUUCAAGAAUGGGGUGUUAUAGGGUCCUGGGCUGGAUGCUAUCGUACUAUGGACAAGUGUUUUCAAGCAGUUGAACUGCAAGCGUUUUCAGAUUUACAUUCAAAGGGUUUCAUUUUCCGCAGCUCUUUACCUGUUUAUUGGUCAACAGAUACGAAGUGUGCAAUAGCUGAAUCCGAGCUAGAAUACAAUCCUGAACACAAAAGUUCCUCUAUUUACUUCAAAGUCAAUUUAACAAGGUACAGUAACCGUGUGGAGAAGAAUACUGGUAAGUACUCCAAUGUAUACGGCAUAGUUUGGACAACCAAUGCAUGGACUGUAUUUUCCAACGAGGCAGUAGCAUACGAUUUAAAUGCUACAUAUGUCUUACUUCGAAGUCAAUCUUCAGGGGAUUUAUAUUUAGUCAGCAAGAGUUUUUCCAAUCGCUUAAAAUCUUUACUAAGUGGGGAAAAACUACAUCAGAUUGACGAAAUUUCAGGUGAUGAUCUUAAUGGUUGCUUCUAUCGUCAUCCUACUCGUCCUUCUUGUGAAGCCCCAUUUUUGCCUAGUUCUCAUGUCUCCGAAUCUAUGGGUACUGGUCUUGUGCAUAUAGCACCUUGUCAUGGUAAAGAUGAUUUCGACCUGGCCAAGAGACAUAAUCUAUCAUUGAAAUUGUUUGUCGAUGAAUCGGGUUGUUUCACUGAGGAUAUUGGUUUCGAACUGGCUGGUUUACCAGUGCUAGGCAAGGGAAAUACUUCAGCUAUUAAAUUGCUUGAACCAAUUACAAUACACAAAGAAGUGAUAACACAUAGUUAUCCCUACGAUUGGCGUACAAAGAAACCAGUUAUCAUCCGACUUUCAGAUCAGUGGUUUGUGGAUACAGAAAAGAUUUCAUCGCUUGCCAUGGAAGAGUAUGAAAAAGUCAAUGUUUUACCAGCUUCUCAUAAACACUCCAUGUUGCAGUUUAUAUCUAAACGACCAAGUUGGUGUAUAUCACGACAGAGAGCUUGGGGUGUUCCUAUACCUGUACUUUUCAAAGUUGAUGAUAAAUCGCCUAUCGUUGAUCAUGAUCUAAUAGAACAUAUUGCUUCCCGUGUAGCCUCUGAAGGUUGUGACUUUUGGUUUUCAGAAACAUUGGAUAAGCUUAUCCCUGAACACUUUUGGAGGAAGUGGUCGCUUACAAGCAGUGAUGUGUAUAAAAGUACAGAAGUUUUUGAUGUUUGGUUUGACAGUGGUCUUUCCUGGUUAUGCGUUUUAAACGGCAAUAAUUACUCACGUCUAUCUCAGUCAAAUGUCAUUGCAGAUACUUAUUUAGAAGGUCAUGAUCAAUUUCGUGGUUGGUUUUCAGCUUCUCUUUUACUCAGUGUUGCACUUACUGGAAGUUCACCAUUCAAAAAUCUUGUAGUACAUGGUUUUGUUGCAGAUUCAGAUGGUCGUAAAAUGUCAAAAUCUUUAGGGAAUGGUGUUACUCCUGAAGAAUUGAUCGCUAGUCAGAAUGGAUGCAUUGAUAUAAUGCGUCGAUGGGUAUGCUCCUCCAGCUUGGAUUCUGUUUGCCGUUUGGGUUCCAAAGAAAUAAAUCAAAGUAGCAAUGGUUAUAAAGCUCUACGCAACAGUUUACGUUUUAUGCUUGGUAAUCUAUAUGACUUUUGUCCAGUAACACAAAUAAACAAUGGCUUGAAAGGGGAUUUCGAUACCACAGACGACGUGUCACUGUCAAAAUUGGUGUUAGAGAUGACAAAUUAUGUUAAACGAAAUAAUGGCGAUUCCAACUAUCAGUGUCUUGGUGCAAUGGACAAAGCUGUUCUAUACUCACUUGCAAAUAUUGUUUCAUCCUCCUUAAAUACUUACUAUCCACAAUUUCGAUACAAUACUAUUUUAGCUGAUAUUGAUCAAUUCGUAUCUUACUUGUCGUCUGUAUAUAUUACAUCGGUGAAGGACAGAUUAUACUUUAACAAUGCAAAUGAUCCAUUCAGACGGAAUACACAAACAGUAUUCUGGUUGACAGUUGAAUGUUUGAAGGCUUUGUUAGCACCAAUUCUACCCUAUUUGAUGGAAGAAGUUGAAACAGUUACCUGGAGUCAUUUAUCAUCUCAAUUAAAGAAAUUCGAUCAUCAGCCCAAAACUCUUUUAGAACGUUAUUCAUCUUUAUCUCUGCAUGACUACUGUUUUGUAGACAAAUCGAAACCAUGCUCCGAUUGGAUAUUAUGCUUAUCAGCUAUGCUACAAUGGGAUGAGUUCAAAAUUUAUUCAGAUUAUGUCAAUAGAAUUACUUCAUUGUUCCACUCUUUAAUUAAUUCAAUGCCAAAAGAUAUUUGUACCCUACCUUCCACCCCAUUGUCUAAUGCUCAUGUACAUAUCGAUGUACCAGUGGAAAAUCAUGAUAUAUGUCAUAUGUUAAAGGUUCUUCAUCCUUCGGAAUUAUCAUCUGCUUCAUCAGAUUUGUGUUACCUACUCCGUGCGGCUUCAGUUUCAUGGUCUCCUGGAUUAGUUCAAAAUGGAGUUCUUGAUACGCCUGGAUGUUAUAAAUUUAACUUAGAUGACCUAAUUGUAACGGUUAAAUUUCCACUGGAGAAUCAAUAUUUCAAAUGUCAACGUUGUCAUAGGUAUACUGAUAACACUUCUUCAAAAGAACUAUGUCCUCGUUGUAUAGAAGUACUUAGUAAUUCAGAAUCUGUGAAAAGUUCCCCGGAAUCUCUGUCAAUUUCUUCUUAAAAUGUGAUCUUUUUUGAAAUAUAUUAAACUAAAAAAAAAGUAUACUUUUCGUUGUUCUUGUUUCGUUUAGCUGGGCUCAUCGAUUUGAUCUUAAAAUAAUUCUCAUAAAUUAGUGCAAUGGUAUUCUCUGAGCUGGAUGGUUUGCUUACAAAGCUU